AUGACCAGCCGAAAUGUCCAUGUAUCCAAAAAUGAUGGCAAGAGACUCCAUGCCAUUUGUAGAGGCAAGGCAUGUGAAUGGUAUGUGUAUGCGAGAAAGAUCGAAACCCACAACAAUACCGAUUAUGUGGUAGUGAAUAUGCAGAGAGAUUAUGCUCACACGUGCUCGCAAGUGUUGGAUCAGAGAUGGCUCAUGGCCAAGUGGCUAACUGAGCGUUACAUGGAGAAAAUCAAAGCGAAUCCCCACAUUCCAUUGGCAUCUAUACGGCAGUGUGUGGAUGAGGAGUUCGGCCUGAAAGUUGGUAGGAUGAAGGCAUACCGCGCAAAAGACAGUGCCUUAGAAGGUAUCUUUGGCAAGGCCGGACUCCAAUACCGGAGACUCUUCGACUACAAAGCUGAAUUGGAACGGACACAUCCUGGUUCGAGUGUGCAUAUACACUAUGAAAACUUCAGGGAUCCUGAAGCUGACGGCCCGAGAUUCUUGAGGUUUUACUGUUUCCUCGGGCCGUUGAAAAGUGGCUGGAUGUAUUUUUGCCGUCCAAUUAUUUUCUUGGAUUCCUGUUUCUUGAGAGGUAUGUACCGCGGGCAACUUAUGACGGCCAUGGGAGUUGAUCCAAACAACGGUUGGUGGCCUAUUGCGUGGGCGGUAACUGAGGCUGAGAGCUAUGAUCAGUGGAAAUGGUUCCUCGGCUACCUAGCAGAGGACCUUCACAUACAUGAGAAUGCCUCAAGAUUUGUCUUCAUGUCUGAUCAGAAAAAGGGUCUUGCAAAAGCCAUCAUUGAGGAUUUCCCACAGAGUGAGCAUCGCUUAUGUGUUCAACACAUCUACAACAACUUCAAGAAGAGAUUCAUCAGGGAGAAUUUUAAGGAAAUAUUGUGGGAGCUUGCAUCGAGUACAACCCACGAACAGUACGUGGAGAGGAUGGAUGCGUUGCGGAUUAUAUAUCCCCAAGCGCAUCAAUACCUACUCGGUGUUGCUCCAAAAGAAAAAUGGGUGAAGACAUAUUUCUCUUCACAUGUUUGUUGUGAUGUUAUCCUCAACAAUAUCUGCGAGACCUUUAAUUCGAAGAUAGCAAUACCUCGCGAGUUGGCCAUUAUCACCAUGUUAGAGGAGAUCCGGACGAGUCAAAUGGAGAGGAUUCAGAUAAGAGGCCAGUGGAUCAAGACAUACGAUCACGCACUGCCGCCCGUUAUCAAAGAGAUCGUGGAUAAGUUGUACGUGAGGGCUUCUUCCUGGAGAUCAACAUGGAACGGAGAGGAUUCGUACCAAGUGUCGGGACCGUCAGACCAACCAAUCCCACUGGUACAAGGGCUAGCACACGUCGGUCUACGCGGCCAAACCAAGAGACCAAUCCCACUAGUACAAGGGCUAGAACCCGUUGCACCAGGGCUCAGCCGCAACGCUGUGGCCGUCGCGGGGAUCAGGAUUGAAUAA